UAACGCGGAAGUGAAUAAUCAGCAGAUGUAUAGCGAAGAACUUGCAAGUUUAUGAGAAAUAAACUGCGUUUUAGUCAUUUCUAUCACUAUGGUGCGAUGUUUCCUGAUCCACACCGUGCACCCUGUCAGCACUUCGUCUGCCGGGGAGAGCCGGGUACUUUACUCCCGGGUUUUCGGUCCGGAUGAGGCUGUCCUGUCUGUGCAGCACCGGGAGCUCAACCCUGAGGAGAGGAGACUUCUGCAGAAGGAGAAGAUAUUAGUGGUAGCUCGGCAGGUCCUCAGCGCCGUCACUCUGUCCAGGGAGGCCUCGGGUCGGCUGCUGGUGGACAAUGUGCCGGGCGAGGAAGGGCUGGCCGUACAGGACGCCGACAGCGGAGUGGUGCGACUGCGAGCUGGAGAUCCCUUCUCUGAGGAGAUGAGCGCUCUCUGGCUGGGUGUGCAGAGUCUGGGCUUCACACUGGUCUGCGAGCCCCACGAGAACCUGCUGCUAGCUGAAGGAACCCUCAGAAACCUGACCCGACACUGCCUGGAGAACCUGCACAUGCUGGGGCAGGGCAGCGAGGUCCUGCUGAAGAGCAGUCGUAUCGAUGUUCUGCUCAGCCGUCUUCUUCCUCAUGGGCAGCUCCUCUUCCUCAACCACCGCUUCUCACAGAGUCUGGAGAAGGAAAUUGCAGCUUACAUGGCCAAAUGAAGCAAAGUGACCACGGCUGCUGUUUCCAGGAAGCAAGCUCCAUCACCUGCAGUCAAUAACAGCUGACUGUAACUGCAAGCUUUCAACCCAGCAAGCCCGCUGUUUGUUUACUUUUGGUGACAUUUCUGCGUCGGAAGCAGAAGAGCGGACUGCUGCUGGAGAUUGGAUGAUGUGCAAACAAAGAGUGGGAAAUAUCUGCCUCAGCCACUUGCAGCUCACUGUUGGCUGUUUACUGUGUGGGAGGCUUCACUUCAAAUCCUGUUUGUCAAAUUGAAGAGUGGAAAGGAAAAUGUGGCAGAUUAAAGAGUGCAGCUGAAGAGGCCAGUUAGGACUCACUUGUCAGGAUCAAAGUCUGCUAUUUAUCUGAUUCACCAUGCUUGAUGUGCCACAGUGUGGCCUUAAGGAGCCACAUUUCACUUUUUUCUUUAUGCUUUUGCAGAUUUCUGGGAGAAUUAAUGCACGUCAACAUGCUACUGCCUUCUGCCGGAGCUGAAGCAAAGGAAAAAAGCAAAAUGUGACUUUUUACUUUUUUUGUGCCACACAAAGCAUGAGUCAUGUUAUAAAAAAGAGGAGAAAUGGAACAAAGAAAGAUCAAAGUCAGGCCUGUUUCCUGUCGGUCGAAGCAGAAAUGUCACAGUUUCUGAGGAAAAUGGAAACAGCAGGAAGUGGAGGCGCAUAUGAAACCAUAAUGAAGAAAUGCAAAUAUGUUUGCAUAAAUAAUCCAGAAUAAAAUAACACACCUCAUUACAACCAACAGAAGAUGUUUUCUUGCACAUGUAAACAUCUGUUACACCGACGGCCCUCUUCUUAUUUUCUGGUAGCGAAACCUGAAAAAAAGCUGAGAUUUUUCUCCCAGCAGAGUCUCUCUGGAUGUGAGCUUCAAUUUCUUUGAUGUUCUCAGUUUUUGUGUGUUCCUAAUAAAAUGAAUUUCUGUUA